AUGGAUUCGCCAACGGCGCUAGCACCUGACGAGUUACCUUCGCCACGGUCUGGAAGUGUCAGCUACACAGUCGAGGACCUCGAGAAGCAGGCGACCUCGUCAAGCGUGUUCAACAGACCAGAUACAUGGUCGCACAGCUCGUGCACGACCUUCGCGAAAGAGUUGCCUCGGCGAGACACUUUACUACCCAAUGGCCAGCCGGAUGGUGUACAUCGCCGUGACACAGGCUUUUCGACAGCAACUUCCAGCUUCUCUCCAAGACUGGAGCGAAGGCAAACCUGGAAGGUAGAGGAAGAAGCGCUGCAUGGUUACCCUCAGUUGGCUGCAAUGUUAGGGACCGAGGAUAACUAUGCGAUCUAUCGCAGAUUCGCAGCUUUGAACGCUCGGAACUUGCUGUACCACCAAGCCAAGCUCAUCCACCUGGAGCACCAACUCCACGAUCUUGAGCUGAUGCACGGCCACGGCGAGCACGAGGACCUGCACUAUAAGAUCGAACAUCUUUUCUCGGAUAUUCCGACGAGCAACCCGGCCGCGCCAUUCGAGCGAAAUACAAAGAUAUCAGCCGAGCACUGGACAAAUGCGACCUUUGUCGAUAGUAUCUGGAACUAUCUUCACUUGGCGACCACCAAGAAACCGGGCUGGCUGCAGCAUCCAGAAAACACUGCCUAUGCUGUAGAUGAGCGGACCCGAAAACCCUUACAAAGCGACCUUGUCACGCUGAAUCGUGCUUUCAAGCAGCAGGAUAUGUUCACCAGAUUCUUUACCGGAACAUUCCUGGACUGGUGGCAUCGGAUAUACUCGAAGAUCCGCAAGCCAGAUGGUGACCAUGGAGAGUACAUCUAUGGCGAUGGAAAAGUCAGCAUAGCCAUGAGGGCAUUUGUGAUGGUCAUCGCGUCAGCGCUACCGACAUGCUCGAUCGUGGCGCUGUACUUCAUCCAGUCUCCGAUAUGGCGGUUGAUCUUCAUCGUGUUGUUCUCGGGCGUCUUCGCGUGCGCGCUGACGAUAUUCACCGAAGCCAGGAGCAUCGACGUGUUCACCGCGUCAGUCGCAUUGGCGUCGGUUCAGGUGGUCUUUGUUGGUACAGCUUUUGGUAAUGGUCAGAACAACGAUUAG